AUGAACGCACAAGGCUUUGGCAACAUGAUGGCCGGUCAGCAGCAACAUCCCCCGCCACAGCAGCGCCUGCAGCAGGUCAUACUCGCCCAGCUGCGACAGUCGCAUCGCCCGCAGCCCGGGCAAUGGCAGGCCACUCUGAAUGCCGAGCAGCGUGCGGGUAUGCUAUGGAACAUCUAUACCGCGAUAAGGCUGGCCAAGACAGAUGUGCCAGACCAACAAGUUCUACAAAUGGCCUUCGGCAACGAGAACGAGCGCUUCCUCAAGUCUGGCAGCAGGGAGGAGUACGUAAAUUCGGUGAAGGGCUUGCUGCAACGGCUCCAAGGCAUGCGCCAACAGAAUGUGCAAGCUAUACAAGCGUCGAUGAUGCACAACAAUAACGCCGCGAACCACCAGGCGGGCAUGUUGCCUCAGACUCCGAUGCAGCCUAGUGGCUCGAACCAAGGACAGAACGGAUUCCAGCAGCCAUUUCCUCCUCAACUGCAGCAUCAGAUGCAGGCCUCACCACUGCCUAUGACACAGAACCCGUCAUCGAUGGGUAUGGAGAACCCCGGUAUCCAGCCCCAAGCCCCGCAACAACAUGUGCAGCAGCAGAUGGCAAGAGGGGCCCAGUUCUCUCAAGAGGAGCAACAGAGGCUCGAGGCCUUGACAAGACAAUUACGAGCGAGAAUUACGCCAGACGAGGAGGCACGAAUUAGGGCUCAGAUGGCGCAGUUACCUCCCGAAAGGCGGCAGAUGUUGGAAGCGCGAGGCGUUGAUCCGGUCAUGCUUCAUUGCCGAAACCGAGCACAAUCGAUGCUCAUCUCUAUGAAGAAGGGCCAGCCAGGUGGUCAGUUCGGACAGCAGCAAAAUCAGGGCAUGGGUCGUGGAGCGCCGAACCAAGGGAUGAUGCAGCGGACCCCUCAGAUGGGCAACGGACAGCCCCAACAGGGCGGCAUUCCUGGCAAUGCCGACUUUGAUUUCGCUCAGCUCACCAACCAGCAAGCAGAUGCCAUGCGCUCCGCUCAAGCGGGGCACGAUGUGGUCCCUGCAAGCAACAACGCCAACAUGAAUCAGAUGGGUGGUUUCAAUCCGAUGGGUGGCGGGCAGCCCGGACAAGUUAACGGCCAAGGCAUGGCGCCUGGCCAGAACAGGAACUCCGGCCAACAGCCGCCUUUCAAUUUGCAGCAGGCACAGCGAGAGAACGCGAUCCGACAAAUGCAGGCCGCACAAGCGCAAGCGCGUGGCCAAGGUGUCCCUCAAUCUCAGGCGCAGGCGCAACAAAUGGCCCUUCGCAAUCAAAUGGGCGGCUUCAACAUGGGCCCAGGCCAGCCUCAGAACGGAGCGAUGCCGAUGCUUACUCGACCGAUGGUACCACCGGGUCAGCAAGGGAACGCAACGCCUGGGCAGAGGCCGCAGCAACCUGGUCAGCAGAUGCCUCAAGGUAUGGCCCCGGGAAUCAAUGCUGCACAAGCUGUUCAGCUCGCACAACAAAGAGCCGCGGCUGCCCAAGCCCAGAUGCCCGGAGCCCCUCAAGCUUCCCGAGCAAGUCAGAUUCCGGGUGAUGUACCCGGACCCAUAAGGCAAAAGAUGAUGGAACUGCCCGAGGAACAAUUUCGCGUUGUACUUGGGAAAUGGAUCGCCCAGAAGCAAGCCGGUUGGGGAGGCAAUGCGAACGUCUCCCAGCCUGGCCUGCAAAUGACUCCACAAGCUUUGCAAGGCGGACAACCCGGAGGACCCAUGGGAAUGGGACAGAAUUUCCUCCAGCAGAACCAGCAGCUGGGAAUGAUAAACCCGGCUCAGAUGCAACAGCGGCUCCAGCAGGAAUUGCUCCGAAGACAACAGCAGCAGCAAAACGGCCCGGCCUCCUUGAAUCCGCAGAUUCUGCAGCGCAUGGACCAAGCACCGUUUCCACCAAUUGUGACCCAGGGUAUCAGGAAUCAGGGAAUUAAUGUGCCGGAUAACAUCAAGUCUUGGGGACAGUUGAAGGAGUGGGCGUCCAGAAACCCCAAUGUCAUUUCCCUGGAGAAGUUGAACGAGUUCCAGAGGGUCCACUACGAGAGGAUGACGCAACAGGGUCAGCAGCAAGCACAGCAACAGCAGCAGGCGAACAAUGCAGGCAUGCACGGACUUCCUGGGGGAUUGCCAAAUGGAGCCGGUGGCGCUCUUGGCCCUGGUCACCCGAACGGGCAGGCUCCUCAGGCGCCUAUGAUGGCCGGCGCUGGUGGAAAUCCAGCGCAAAUGCAACAGCAGAUGGCCCUGAAUGCACAGCGCCAGCGCAUGCUUGCCCUUGCCCAGCAGAUCUCAGCGCAGGACAUCCAGAGGAUCAGGCAACAGCAAGGUCCAAAGGUUGCCAACUUGUCCGACGACCAGUUGAGGCAGCAGAUUGCGAUGAUCAGGCUGCAACAGCAGAGACAACUGCAACAACAGGGUCAACAGCAGGGAAUGAUGCAGCAGGUUCCUGGUGGCAACUUUGCCAUGCAACAAGGUCAAAAUCUACAGCAGCCUCAGCGACCUGGCCAAGCUCCUCAACCUCAGGCCACUCCUCAACCGAAGCCUGCACAGCAGCCCCAGGCACCCCAGAGGCCUGGGCCACAGCCUGGCCAAGCACCGAACGCUACUCCCAAGAUGCAGGCCCAAAAGGGUGUCAAGAGACCGAAUGACGACGUUGUCGAGGUUCAAGAUCCGAACAAGAACCAGGCGCCGCCAAUGCAGCCGACGCAAUCUCAGCAACGGCCACCGACCUUGACCAAGGAGCAGUUCAAUGCGCUGAACCCGCAGCAACAAGCAGCUUAUCGCCAGUCGAUGAUCCAAGCCGCUCAAGGGCAAGGAAACAAGCAGGCUGUGGGUGCUAACGGGCAGGGCGCCCCCCAGCAGGAAGUGCUCAAGCGGCAGUUCACCCAGAUGAUGCACGAAUUCAUGAAGAACAUGGAGCCUAGGCCGCAGAUCCAGGACCUUUCGCAAGCGAUGAAGGAUCAGAUGGCAAAUGAGGUGCAGAAGGCGCUCACGUGGAUUAACAAGCUUGACCAGAUUAUGUUCAUGGACUGGGUUAAACAUCGGGACGGAGAUCGCGCCAAGGGUAUCAUCCAAGUUCGCCACUUGCUCCAUGCGCAGUUGGAUCCUCAGACCAGGAAGCUGAAGGACAAUGUUACCGUAAACCCAGCGACCCUCCAGAAGCUGCUCACCCACAUCAGCUCCUAUAUCAAGGCCGUUGUUGCUGAAAACCACAACGAGAAGGCUCAGUCGCAAGCCAACGGGCAGGAAGGAGCCCAGCAGCAACAGCAACAGCCAGGUGCUGCCAACGUCCAAGGUGGGCAGGGGGCGGAGCUGAACGCCGUCAAUUUGGAGAAGCUGCGGCAGGAGCAGCUUCAACGGUCCCGCGCACCUUCUAAUGCUGGGGUCAACAAGCCUCCGGCUGCUCCGACUUCUGCUCAUGCGCCAUUCUCAUUUGGCGGUGGCCAGUCUCCGAACGGUGCUCCUUUGUACGCUCCUAACGCUGCGAACCCACUUACUCCUGAGAAGCUCAAGUUACCGCAAAGCAAGAAGAGGAAGCAUAACAACAUGUCGACGACAUCCACCCCGAGCCAGACGCCUGUUCAGACAACUUCGCCAAUGGUCGGAAACAAGCCGUCUCCGGAGAUCACAAGGCGCGACGCCCCUCAACCAGCGGUACCGGCGAAGCCGCGCUUCACCUGCCCGCACCCGACUUGCGACUUCAGUGCGAGAGGCUUCGAGACGAAGGACGAGCUUGAGACUCACGUUAAGGAUGCGCAUGCCAAGGUCGAGGAUCCUCUGAAGUUCGCCAUCGACGCCGUCAAUGAGGGAUUGGGUCUCAAUCCCGAUGGAAGUUCGAAGCCGAAGAUGGAAAACAACGCUGCCCACCGCGGCAAGCCGGCGCCUUCGAUGCCGAAACAGCAGUUCGCAACAAAAUCUGGUCAGACGCCUCAAAUCAAGGCAGAGGCGGGCACGCCUGCAACGGGCGCGGGAGCUACUCCUAUGAACCGUGUGCCCACGCAGACUGGUAUCAAGAACUCCCCAUCGGCCAGUUUCAAGACGCCUCAGAUGGCUAUCAAGGUCCAGACUCCUGGAUCCAACGGCGCGCCGGCCAUGAACCGGACGCCUAGCAAGGCCAUGAAAGACGCAAACAAGGCUGCUGACGCCACGAUGGAAGACCAGUCGGCGCCGAAGCCUUUGGAGAACCCUUGGGACGAGUGCCCGAUCUCUCCGGAUCAGCUUCAGUUCAUGUUCGCCGACGAAGAUGUCGCCAAAGCCAUGCUCGAACUACCCAACAGUGCAUUCAUCGCGAAGGAGGAUCUGGAACGGGAAGAGCAGGAGAAGAACAAGGAGAAGGUAGAGCCUCGCAGCACGACCCCUGCUACUACUCCUUCUCCAGCUUCGACUAAGGAUUCCAAGGAGACGGGCAGCAGCGACAUCAGCGAAAACGACAAGCUCAACAUCACCAUCGCGGGCGACGACGCCGAAUGGAACAAGCGCGCCCUGGACGCCGACGUGGACUUCAGCAGCAUGAUGGACUCGCUCUUCGUGCUGGACGAAUCCAACAACAUGACGGUUCCGCAAAACGAGGACAACCAAGAGAUGACUGGCCCGUACGGCUUCUGGCGGGACAGCCUUGGAACGGGCGACGAGAAAAUCCCGAACUGGGGCACCACCGAACUUGGCGCGCCGUACGACUUCUUCAACGCCCCUCCUGCGCCUAGCAAUGAGCAGGAUCUCAAAGACCUGUUUGGAAUCACGACCAACAUGGACGGCUUCGAGGAUAUGGGGAUGAUUGGUUAG